ACACCAAGUUAUUCUAAAAGCCGUGUUUUUACUAUUGAGGGUGCUGAAGAGAAACUAUACUCAUUAUCUUCUAGUUAUUAUAUAAAUACGACUGAAAUGCAAUGUCUUAAAGCUUAUUAUGCAAUGGCACUAA